AAGCUGAAGACGCACAAUGCCUGUCUAGUUCUCUGUUUAAACAUCGACGUAGACCCGCCAGACGUGGUGAAGACAAUCCCAUGCGCAAACCUUGAGUGUUGGGUCGAUCCUCAUAGCAUGCCGUCAUACAAGGCACUCGAGAUCAUCGGAACGAACCUGCGCCACCAGUUUGAGGGCCUUAGCCCCAAAAUUAUGUAUAAGGCCUUCCUAGACCCUUCCGACAAUGAGUUGCGCGAAGGUUGUAUCAAGGCGCGAAAUUCGGCAAAAGACGACGCGGUAUUGUUCCACUACAACGGGCACGGCGUGCCGAAGCCAACCCCAAGCGGCGAGCUGUGGUGUUUCAACAAGAAUUAUACCCAAUACAUACCGAUGUCAUUACAAGAACUACAGCGAUGCCUCGGCACUCCCUGCGUCUACAUUUGGGACUGUUCUUCAGCUGGCCAUUUACUUAACAACUUCAUAACUUUCGCUAAACGUCUAGAUGAGGACACUCACAUGAACACAGGCAGCUAUCCCGACCCUCCCUUCCAAGAUGCAAUACAACUUGCCUCUUGCCUCGCUGACGAGCAGCUUCCUACCUGUCCCGAGCUUCCUGCCGACCUGUUCACCUCAUGCCUGACAUCCCCGAUCGACAUCGCCCUCCGAUGGUUCAUUAUGAACAAUCAACUACCGAACAACAUUACGAACGACAUGGUAAUGCAGCUGCCCGGUGACCUCAAAGACCGUCGUACACCCCUUGGUGAACUUAAUUGGAUCUUCACCGCGAUUACAGACACUAUCGCAUGGACUACGUUUCCCCGAGAAAUAUUCACUCGUCUGUACCGAUCAGAUCUGCUUGUGGCUUCGCUCUUCCGCAACUUUUUGCUCGCUGAGCGCAUAAUGAAGAACUAUCAUUGCACGCCACAUACCUCCCCCGCGCUUCCUGCUACCAACACUCACCCUUUGUGGGCCUCGUGGGAUCUAGCCGUCGACGCCUGUUUGCGACAGCUACCCGAACUACUUAUGCACGCCGAGCUGCCACCGAACGGCCAGAUUCCCGCUUCAUUGACGACGAGCCGGCGCAGAGCUACUGCUACUGCUCUGGGUGCUCCCGGAAACGAAGCGAAUAGCGAGAAACAGUACACCUAUAUCCCCAGUCGAUUCUUUUCAGAUCAGCUGACGGCUUUUGAGGUCUGGAUAUCUCGAGGUGGCUCGGCAUUAACCAAGCGGGGACCACUCUCGCUCCCGCUGAGUAGGAAUCAAUCACCGACUCCAGACCAGAACGGCGCUGCGACACCGUAUCCCCCUCCAUCUAGCUCAGACUCGACCAAAGACCUUGUACCUCGCAAACCUCCCGAUCAGCUCCCUAUCGUGCUGCAAGUUCUUCUAUCCCAGCCACAUCGUCUGCGCGCGCUCAUUCUUCUGUCACAAUUUGUCGAUUUGGGUCCGUGGGCGGUGCACCUAGCCCUGACGAUCGGUAUCUUCCCGUACAUCUCGCGACUUCUUCAAGCUGCCGGGCAGGACCUGCGUCCCGUUUUGAUCUUCAUCUGGGCUCGUAUCCUUGCGGUUGAUCCGACAUGUCAGGUCGAUCUCUACAACGGACAGGGUUACCGGUAUUUCGCUAACGUGCUAGCCAUUCCCGAGGACCCCCGUGCGCCUGCCAUCCCCAAUGGCUCGGAGCACAAGGCGAUGUGCGCAUUUAUCCUGUCUGCCAUCGCCCGCGAUUACCCGCCUGGGCAGCGGGCAUGCUGGAGCGAGCAUGUGUUCGAUGCAUGCUACGAAGGGCUGGACGACAGCGACUUCCUACUGCGUCAAUGGUCAGCCUUGUGCGUCGCGCAGAUUUGGGACCAACAUGAUGAGCUGCGGGUUUGGGGUGUGGAUAAGGGUACUCAGGACAAGCUCAUUGCUUUACUUUCGGAUGACUCGCCCGAGGUUCGUGGUGCGGCACUGUACUCGUUAGGGACCUUCCUUGGCGCGUCAGGCUCAGCAGAUCUCAGCAAGCUUGGUGGCGGCGGAUCUGGAACAAUGCACCAGCUCGAGGAGCGGAUACACUUCCGAAUGGAGGUUGCGGUUGUGACUGGGGCGGCGUUGGCAAUCAAAGAGGAUGCCAGCCCGAUGGUUCGCAAGGAACUCCUGGUGGUUAUCAGCUGUCUUGUCAAGGAAUGGCGCGGGUACUUCAUUGUCUGCGCAUGGCUCUACUGGGAAGAAGAGCGCCGCCAGAAUGACUUUAACACGCAGCAGGAAGAAGAUGUCGCAGAACAGGCCGUCGCGGAGUGGCUCGGCGGAUUUGAAGACGAUAAUGUUCGUGAGGAGAACAGGGUCUGGUUGUCGUCAUUCUUCACGAUCUUCUCCGUCUUGCUUGAGCUUUCUUGUGACCCGUACCAAGAGGUGGCCACGAACGCCCAGACUGUUGUUGACUACGUCAUAGCGCUGCUGCUGGAGUCGCCGUUCACGAGGCUGGAGAACACUUCCUUGAGCAAGCCUCCACCGAAUGCGCUUCAAGCAACCAUGAAGCGCCGUGCAAGGUCUCGAGUGCCCUCGCAUGGCUCGCAAACCACCGUAACGCAGGCGCCUCCAUCUCAGGCUGCAAGGCCAGGACUCCCGCGGAGCGAUACGAUGAGUAGUGGCAUGACGGCCACCUCGAUGGUCGUCAGCAAUACUCUGAAGCGGACGUCUUCGUUUGCGAACGCUCUCCGACACCUUGCUGGCGGUCUUCCCUUCCCCUCUUCGGACGGCGACGGCGGACGCUCGUCGCCCAAGCCUCAACCCCAAAACAUCUCCCAGCUUGAGGUACCUGGUGUCUCGCGCCCUCCCUCGCCCAACCUGAAUUACGCGCAAUACACGUCACCCUACUCUCGCCCGUCGUCGCCCUCGCAUGACUAUUACCUCCCGCAGACACCGCCGUCUCCCGGACUGUCGACCCGCUCGGAUGAGACACCACGCCCGCCGGUGGAAUACAUGGCGUCGGAUGUUAUCGAGGCACUUAUGGAGGAGGAUAUGGAGCGUUUACGCGCCCGUCGCAGAGCUGGCACGCGCUCUAAACAGCAUGGACACCAUCAUGGCACAGGCGUGAUGUCAAGCCCAUCAGGGAGCACAUUCUCGGUGGACUCUGUCGGCAGUAGUAUCAUUCUCGGUCUUGGCACUGGCGUGGGCAUCAGGGACGUGCUUCCGCUCAAGAGUCGGUUCUACGACUGGUGCUGCGAGUACUUCAAGGAACCACAGAUGAGGCAACCUGAACCGGACGAACCCGGCAGCAUGGAAUACAACUACCAGGUUUGGCGACAGCAGCGCAACGAGAAUAUUAUCAACGAAACCCGCGCCCAAGCCGAUGUAGCUGAUAACUGUAGAUGGGACAGACCCGUAGCAUCUAUCCCUACUUCAGUAUUUCCAACGCAAAUCGCGUUCCAUGCUUAUGACCCACAUAUGGUGGUUACCAACGAACAGGAUCUCAUUCUCGUCUACGACUGGCUGCACAAGAGGAAGGUCUCCCAAUUCUUCAACGGCAACCCGCUGGGUAGCAGUAUCACGUCGUUACAUUUCAUCAACGAGGAGAUAGGGGGUAUCAUCUUAACUGGGGCGGCGGAUGGCAUCGUACGCAUGUACCGAAAUUAUGACCCGGAUCUCAGUGGUAGCCCUGUUCAGAUGGUCAGCUCUUUCCGGGGCCUCAACGAGGUCUUGCGCAUGAAGCGUGGUGCCGGCCUCAUAACGGAAUGGAAGCAGCAGGGUGGAACGUUGCUUGUGGGCGGCGACUCGCGCAUGGUGCGGGUCUGGGAUGCACAUACCGAGAGCUCAAUUAUGGAUAUCGACACUCAGGAGGAGAGUCCCAUCACCUCUAUGAAAUGUGAAGACGGUAAUCUGAGUGUGUUCGUGGCAAGCUUCGGAGACGGAGUAAUGAAGGUAUUCGAUCGUCGCCUCGAAGAGGAUGAGGCAGUGGUCCGACACUAUCCCGCGCACUCUUCGUGGGUGCAAAAAGUCAAGUGGCACCCGACGAUACCAGCGCAGUUUGUUUCGGCGAGUGUUGAUGGCGAUGUUAAACUGUUCGACAUCCGAGGGUCACAACAGCCUGUAUACACGUGGGAUCUCUUUCCUCAGGGUCUGUCGGCUUUCGACGUGCACGACUUGACAGGGGUCUUUGCUGCGACCUCGUCUGUCUCGGUGGCCAACUGGAGAACACAGCGCACUGCCGUUCACUCACUUUCGCAGAGCGGAGCGCUUUCCACGCUUUCCACCGUGCUGACUGUUCCUCCGCCCAGGGAUGCGCUCUCGCCGUACAUUAUGCGCACAAGUGCACUGGCAUUCCAUCCUAGAGAAAUGGUGUUUGCUGUUGGAUCCUUAGACGGACACGUGCGUGUUAUGGGCUGCAAGCUACCGCCCUGAGUAGACCUCCAUCUAAAAUGCUUCCGUUAUCUUGCUCUAACUGCUUUGCUCUGCUCUCGCAUCUAUCACUGAGGCUCAUCUCUGUUCUUCAGUUUUAUUCAUGUUUAUUCUUCGAGGCUUGUGCUAGUCUACGUCUGCCACUUGCUAUCCAUCUCAUUCAGC